CCUGUUUCCCCGUCUCUCCUUUUGAGAGCCAUGCUGGAAAAAUGCUUCGGACUCUUCAGGGGCGGCUCGGAGGGCUACCACCGGCCGACUACCCGUAGCAUCCGUCGCGAGCCGCUGAUCUUCCGCUUGGCCACGCUCAUCACCCUGAUUGCCGGGAUUAGCAUCAUGUUCUGGGGCGCCUUCAGUCCCCGGCGCGUCAAUUCCGAUCUCGGCUUUAUCAAGGUUCCUUCGCAGGGGCUUUCGCAAUCCUGUUGGACUGCCGUCGCUCCCGACGGCCGAUCGCGCAUCCCGUACCCGCUGCCGGACACGCCGCUACGCGCGCCGCUCGUUUCGCCCGACAUCGAGGACUUGUGCAAGGGGGGCAUCCCCAAGAACAAGGAUGCCCUGACCGGGGCCAUCGUCCUGUCUCACCAAAAUGCGUCGCUGGCCUGCUCGGCCGACCAGCAGCUGAAGAACAUCCGAAGCUUCGCCCCGGCUGCCGUGGUUCUGGUCUACAACCACACCCUGCAAUUGGCCGAGUAUGGCACCCCGGAUGGCCAUCUCUGGCCCCCGGUGUCCUUCGUCGACAAGGACACCUAUCGGCGCCUGGAGGGCUUGAUCCGGCCCACACCGGACUACUUCAAUGAUCCCGGCAACGCGGAUGACUCCACCAUCCAGGCAUUCAGCAUUUCGGUCACCACGGCCCUGACCACCUCGCCGCGAUUGGACCUCUCCUUCGUGCUGAUGGUCAUCCUGGUGUCGCUGUUGAUCCUGAUCUCAUCGCGCUGGUCCACGCAGCUCAACUUCCCCAAGGCGGCCCAGCCCAGCCGCUCGACCGUGGGCUCCCCGACCGCCGAGCCUGCGGUCGAUGUUCAACCUCAGUACCUGAAUGCUUGGCUGGUGCUGGUGAUCCUGGUCCAGAUGGUGAUCACCCUGCUGGUGCUGUACUUCUUCCCCUCGGUGAUCAUCUACUUCAUGCUCACGAUUUUCUUCAUCGCCGGUUGGAAGGGCCUCGACUCCUGUGUGGUGGCCGUUCUCGAGUCCUAUGAAACCACCCGUGCCUGGCUCAACAACUCCAAGAAGGUUCCCUGUCCGGCGGUGAUCACCCGAAUGAUGGAUUCCAUCGCCUUCGACUUUACCUUCCUCCGGACCUUCAUCUUCCUGGUUAGCUUCUCGAUUGCCCUGACCUGGCUGCUGGUUCGCAAGGACCCGAGCGUGUCCUGGAUCUUCCAGAACAUCCUCGGAGCGGCCAUUUGCGCCACCGCCAUGCAGGCUGUCCGCAUUCGCGCUCUCUGGACUGGUGCUCUGCUGCUUGGCGCGGCGUUCUUCUAUGAUAUCUUCUUCGUGUUCGGCACGGAUAUCAUGCUGUCUGUGGUGCAAAACAGCUACAACGGCGAGGAGAUCCCCAUGGUCUUCAAGCUUCCCUACUUCCUGAACAGCAUCGAGCCGGCUCUCUGGAACCCCCCGAAGCCCAGCUUCGCCAUCCUCGGGUUUGGUGACGUCUUCCUCCCCGGCAUUGCCAUGAUCUUGGCCGGGGUGUUUGACGACUCGCUCUUCUAUGGCCCCCCCGGCACCGUGGUUUCCGCGCUUGCUUCGAACCCGCCCCGGCCGCGCUGGCAUUUCUCCAUGGCCAUGAACGGCUACACCACCGGCCUGAUUGUCACUCUGCUCAGCAUGGCCAUCUCCGAGCGCGGUCAGCCGGCACUACUCUACCUGGCACCCUUUGUCCUGGCCUACAUCUGCUUUGCGGCUCGCUACCGCGGGAAGCUGAAUUUCCAAAACAUUUGGUAUGGCAACUUCCCCGAGUCGACGGCCAACAUGGAUGAUGACCUGUCCCCGGCACUGGAAUACCCCCCUGUGCCCGCUGCGACUCUGAUUGAGGAUAUCGAGGCCACGCUGCCGGCGGCGUCCGUGUCAGUCCCCGGUGACACCCUCCCCGAGCACGAUGAGAAUUGACCCAACCCCUUUGCCCCCCUCCUCCCCCUCCCUCCCCCCC